AGGGCUUCGUGUAUAUGAGUGAGCACUUUACCACUAGGCCAUAUUCCCAGCCUCUUAAUCACAAUUUUAAUAUCUAGAACUAAAGCUAAAUUGCUGACCAUGUUGUAUAAGGGUUGAGCUGUCAAAGUAGACUGGUUUGGAAUGUGGUGUUUAUUUGCUUCCAAUAACUUUAAAAUACAAAAUGUAUUCUUUGUGUUUUGUAGUCUUACACAAUGGUAGAGGAUGAGCUGGCACACUUCGAUAAAAGCAUAAGUGAAUUUGGGAGUAAGUUCCGAAAUACUCUGAGUGAAACUCCCUAUCAGAUGGUGGGACUGAGAGAUGCCUACAAGGACUCCAUUAAAGCACUGUCAGAAAAGCUGUCUGUGAAAUUAAAAGAAGAAGAAAAAAUGGUCGAGAUGUUUCUGGAAUAUCAAAAUCAGAUCUGCAGGCAGAAUAAGAUCAUCCAGGAAAAAAAAGAGCACCUCUUACAGUUGGUGGCUGAAGUCAAAGGCAAAAAGCAGGAGCUGGAAGUACUGACAGCAAACAUCCAGGAUCUUAAGGAAGAAUAUUCUAGGAAAAAAGAAGCUAUUGCCACUGCUAACAAAGCUAAUGAAGAGAGGUUGAAAAGGCUGCAGAUGUCAGCAGAUGUGUAUAAAGAUCGACUUGGACUAGAAAUUAGAAAAAUUUAUGGUGGCAAAUUGCAGUUUAUAUUCACUGGUAUUGACCCCAAGCAGCCUGAGACUCCGUUUAUGUUUUCCUUACAUUUAAAUGAAGCAAGAGACUACGAAGUGUCAGAUAGUGCUCCUCAUCUUGAGUGCCUUGCAGAAUUGCAAGAGAAUGUGAGGAAGACCAACAAUUUUUCAGCUUUUCUUGCCAAUGUUCGGAAAGCUUUUACUGCAAUGGUUUAUAAUUAAUGUCUAAAUAGUAUAUAAAGAUCAUUGUUUCUUUUUCUGUCAUGUAUCCUUUUGUAAAAGAGUUCCCAUACAUUGUCUACUUAUAAUUCAUUGCUUUUUUGUGAUAUUUCUAUGGGGUGUAUAGGAAACCAGACCAGAGGCAAAUGUGCCUCUUCGAUGUAAAUGUUUGAGCUGGCGAAGCAGCAAAGUGAGAAAAGCUCUCCGCCCUUCCCCUAGUUGCCUAAAAGUAAGACAUAACAUUGUAAAAGUGACUUUGCUCUUCAUGUCCACAAGGCAAACAGAAGGCCACCACGAAAGAGAAUCUUUCCCAGUUCACACAUGGCGGCAGGAGAAUUCAUAAACCUUACUUCACUGCUUUCUUUCCAUUACCUCAUGUUCCACUGCUCCCCACCUCUGGAAGCCUAAACUGCUUUCUUCUGUAAAAAACUUUUCUUUGUUGAUGACCCUAUGUAAGCCAGAGCUCUAAGCAACUUCUUCGAGUUACCAUCCCAUGUGAUGUAUUCUGCGUGCAUUAAUAAAGUUGCUUGCAUUUAUCUUUGUUA